AUGUCUGACAAUGAAAAGGAGAUAUGGCUCUCCCUGUUCAGGGGGGAGUUGGAUUUCAUUCGGAAGGCUCUCGGCUCGCAUGCCAUCGAGGAGUUCACGUAUGACAUCCCGAUGUUCCUUCAGGCUUGUGUGAAGGAGUAUGGCCCGCCUGAUAUUGACUGGGCAGUUGUUCAAACUGCGCCGGACUGUUUAGUCCCGGUCUACCUUGACAAUUGGUGGGUUGAAAAGGAUAUUCAAGAUCGGGUUGGAGGGGCACGUGAUUGGAAUGACUUGGAAACAUUCGGCGUGGCCUUGCAUGCGGAUAUGCUCAUCAAAAACUACCACACGGGCAGCGAGCUGCCCCUUCCAUCGGCGACACUGGAGAUUGAGCGUAUGAAGAACCUUCGGGCUAGCAUUGCCCGAGGGGGAAAAACUUUGGAAGCUGAAUUGGACCGUGUCUACGACAGGCUCCACGACCUCGAGGAUCGGCUUGAGAGUUCAACAAAGUCAAUCCAGGUGAUGGAGCAUGAGUGGAGGGAUGGCUGGUGUAUCGCAUAUGCCGACAGGCUGUUAGCGGAGGAUGCAGUUGACGAUGAUUCCGAUGAGGGGCAUACCGACGCAAAGUCCCUGUCGGUGGCCCCCCCCAUGUCGGCCCAAACUCAGACCCCAAGGAUUCCCGUGGCAGCAACAUCCCGGCAAACCCACGCCGUUGACAUUACUUCGACAACAUCUCGGCCUAAGAAACACGCUCCCCCAACAAUUCCGCCGGCAUCCACUGCCGAUCGUACCUCACGCCCUAUCGUGCAAAUUCUCCAGCGAGCUGAAAGCUUUGACUUCAAACCUCUUCGUCAUAUCAAACUUUCUUCUUUGAAGCCAGCGCAACUUCAGCCCCAAGGCCGACGAGAGUUGGACGGCCAUCACCUGUCAUCGUCGGGAGCGCCGGGAGAGUUUGAACGUAUUUUGUCAGAAUUUUAA